ACAAAGUAAGAUAAGCCGGAUUUACUUUACAUUCCUGUAGUCUGUAACACAAUUUAAACACAAAUUUUGUUCACAUUUGUACAUUCAUAUUCGAUUAAACCAGUAUGACUAAAACACACGUCCAAAAGUAAACACGAACAACAAUCAGUGUUGUAGGUUACAUUAAAUCCCAGACUGUGCACAAUGUAACUGCUGUGUGACUGAAGUAUUUAGGUGAGCGCUGGUGUUCAGACACAAAUGCAGGCUUCUUAUCCAAUCGAGUCCCCCAAUAGGCGGGUCCUAAUCUCUCCCCAUCCGGGGCUCCGCUCGCCUCUGUGGCUUCUUAUCACCGCUUCCUUAUCGCCGAACCCGGGACUCACAGAGCGGCUCUGAUCGCGGUGUCAUCAUUUGGACCGGUACAGUUUUAUCCAAAGGAGCUCUAAAAGGCAUGGCUACUGCGCUGUAAUGCUGCGCUGCUCUCUCCUUCUGUUACAAGCCCAUCCAUCCUCAACAUCAACAUCAGCAGCAGUGCAGUGCUAUGGAUCCGUAAGCUAAGCCGCGUCCUCAUAUACAUACUACAGACAGCAGGAUUCCGCAGGCUCCAGCUCCAGGCUCCUUCUCCGGUAGUGAUUUUAGUGCGCUUUUAAUAACCACAUUAGAGCCGCAAGGCAACGCGUCGACGGAGGAAGCUGGAAUUAUGAAGCGUUGGUGCCAUGUCUAAGGCUACAGUCAAGAAGCUGCACUGGCGUUCCAAAGUUCAGGAGAGCUUUGUUCCUUUAGGUGGAGCCUCGGGGGAGCUGGGUGUAGCCAUUGGGGGUGGUGCCGACUAUGGCGAGUUCCCAUUCGUCACAGCAGCACCUGGAGGAGGCGCCACGGUGGGUGACAUCAUCCUGGAGAUUGGUGGUACUCCUGUCCUGGGCAUGACCCUGGGAGACGUCAGAGGGGUUCUGAACUCGUGUCCUCAUCCCAUCCGCAUCAAAACAGUUCUACCAGGCUCAACACUGUGUAAAGACCUGAGAUUAUAUUUAAGCAAGUGCUUCACACCCGGUUCCAUGGACAGCCAACUGCAGCAGGUCAUACGGGAGAACCUGUACCUGCGCGCUGUGCCCUGUACCACCAGGCAGCCGCGGGACGGGGAGAUCUCCGGAGUGGACUACAACUUCGUCUCAAUCGAGGAGUUCUUCUCUCUGGAGGAGUCAGGAGCUCUGCUUGAAAGCGGCAAGUUCAAAGGGAACUACUAUGGUACGCCACGGCCGGUCCACAUUGGGCCAGACAGUCCACCUAUCACCUACCAGGAGCACCGCAACCUGCUAAGGAACUUCCGCACACGCAGCAAGUCCCUCAGUAACCUGGAGAAGGCUGUGGAAGAAGGGGACAACAGUGAGGAAGACUCUGGUCUCUCAGCGGGUUCUGCAGGGGCGAGCAGUGCCCCUACUACAACCAUUGUUUCACCCAAUCAGACGUGGGACUCAGGUGGACCUCGGGACGGUGGUGUCCCAGUGGAGAAUGGUGCCCGUGGAGGGGCGCUGCCUGAAAACUGGGAGAUGGCAUUCAGUGACUCAGGAGAACCGUACUACAUCGAUCAUAACUCAAAGACCACGAGCUGGCUGGACCCACGGACUCACAGCAAAGAGGUGGUCAGCAAGACGGAGUUACCUCCGUUUACAGACCAGCCAUCUGAACUGAAGGGCUAUUCCAUCCACACACGUCUUUCAAAAGGGCCACGGGGUUUUGGCUUUAACAUCGUAGGGGGCAGCAGACCCAGAGAAUUCCUGCAGGUGUACAGUGUCACACCUGGAGGUCCACCUGCCCUCAACACAGCGGACAUCCUGGUCUACAUUAACGACACGUGUGUGCUGGGUAUGUCGCACAAGGAGGUGGUGGAGAUGCUGAAAGCCGUGCCUAUGGGCCACAGUGUGGAUGUGGUGCUGCGUAGGGGCUAUCCCAUGCUUUACAAUCCUGACGGCUGCCCCAAGACCAGCCUGUCUUCACCCUCUGACCCCAGCCCGGGGUCCGCCAAGGCCCCGCCUCACAAUCUGAACCGUUCCACCUCUCACCACAACGGUUUCUACCCCCGGAUGCAAAAAGAACCUUUAGACACCAAUGGUAAUGUGGCACCUCCGCCUUGCUACCACAUGCCCAAUGGAAACUCAAUAGACAGAACUGUAGGGAUGGCAGGCCUACCCUCAAAUAUGCCAGGGCCAAGGUCAGCGAGACUGAGCUCAAGCCACAGUGAUACAGAGGUCAGCACUGUCGUCACACGCAGAGCUUCACUCAUCCGCAGCUACAACAACAAUACCCUUCCUGCCCCAUCUCUGGCUCACCAGAACUCUAAGUCUUCCGAGAGUGAUCUGUCAGGUGGUGCCCGCCUUCUGCCGCAGCCUGAGGUAGGCAGUGCACCAGCACCACCGGGUGCCCCUAGUGCCCCCAGUGCCCAACGCCCACUUGUGCCCCCAACUGAGCUACCACCCUGUGGCUUCAAUGGCUGCCCGGCCAGCAACCCCCCUCGGCCUGCCCCAGGCAACCUGGGAUCGCCUGGGGCUGGCACAGGAGGUGAGCUUGUGCCUGUUGCCCUGGGGAGAAGCGAGGGAGGGGGCAUGGGCUUCAGCGUGACAGCAGGUGGGCAGGGCGGGCAGUUGGCGCUGAUCAAACGGGUGUGGGACCGGCGCCAGUGCCCGUCCCUGCAGCCGGGCGAUGCCAUCAUCAAGAUCAACGGCGCUGAUGUACAGAGCCUCAGCUUCGCACAGGUACAGAGAGUGCUGCAGGAGCAUACAAGACAGGGUGAGGUGGUCUUACUGGUUUACAGAGGAGGAAACAUCCCUUCUCCUGUCACCCCAAACUCGUACAACAGUGUUCCCCCACCACAGGGCCCUCCAGAUUUGAUGUCUCCCUCCUCGGAUGGCCCCACAAACAGCCAAAGCACUCUUUCCCCACAGUCGCCCUCAAACGAGCUCCCUCCUUUGGUCCAGAGCACCAGCUUUCUGGACUCUGUGCCUGUUACGCUGACCAUGGAACCACGGGACUGGAUGGGGGUUGAGGAUGUGGCCAUGCAGGGUCCCCGUCUGCCCUCCUCUAACGCCCUAGGAGCCGUGUCCAAAACGCAGCCAGAAGGGAGAGGAGCAGUGCCUAGCAAAUCUUUGGAAGUGGAGCUGAGGAGAAGGACUGGAGAGGGCUUUGGCUUUGUCAUCGCCACACAGGACAUGACAAAUGGCUCAUCGUCGCUGUUCUCUCACAGGUUUGUGACCGUGCGAAGGGGCAGUCCAGCAGCACGCAGCGGUCAGAUCCAGCAGGGUGAUCAUUUGGAGGCAGUUGAGGGCCGCUCUGUGCUCACACUGCCUCACAGAGAUCUGGCGCAGAUCCUGCGGCGAGCAGGCAACACACUCCGCCUCACCAUCAUCCCACGCGCCAACAACAAUGCCUCCAACCUGACAGAGUAUACAGACUUUGAUGCAGAAAGCAAGUUAAGAAAAGGGCACAUAACCAGACAAAAGCAGGACCCUCGGUAUUACAGUGUGGAUCUGGACAGAGGCCCGACAGGUUUUGGCUUCAGUUUGAGAGGGGGCAGUGAGUACAACAUGGGACUGUAUGUGUUGGGGCUAAUGGAAGGAGGACCAGCAUCUCGCAGCCAAAAAAUACAGGUGAGUGAUCAGCUGGUGGAGAUUAACGGGGACAGCACAGCAGGCAUGACGCAUAGCCAAGCCGUGGAACAGAUACGCAAAGGAGGACACCGCAUCCACCUGGUCCUGAAGAGAGGAAAUGGAUAUGUACCAGACUACGGCCAUGAAGGUGGAGCAGCCUCCCCCUCCUCCUUACGCUCUGAGGAACCGGUUGAGAGUGGAGUGGCUUUCUCCCUGCCAAGGAGCAUUGAGAAAAGUGUGGACAGAGAGGCAGAGAGACAAAGGGGGUGGAAACAAGGACGUAGCAGCCGAGGAGGAGCAGAGGAGGAGAGGAGAGGCACUCCAGAGAUUGAGCAGGCUUCAGGUGACUUGGUCAGCAUCACAGCGAGCUCCCACUCAGGGAGGAAGAGAGAGAGAGAGAAACCAAGGCAGAGUACAACCAAAAAGGCUCCAAGAAGUACCGAGGGGGUGGAAGAGGACAUGCAGCGAAGAGAGAGGAGGGAGAGGGAGAAGGAGAAAAAGAGGAGUUCUGGAGGCAGGAGGAACAAAGUGACAAUUGGAACUCAUGAGAGAGAAGAGAGGGAACAGGAAGAGGAAAGGGAGCAGUCAGAUUCAAGAGGGAGGCGGAGGAGAGAUGAAAAGAAGGAGGGAAAAAAGUAUGGAAAUAUAGAAAACAACAACAAUGAUGUGCCUGAGGGCACAGAAGAGGUUACUGGGGUCACACAGAAAGCACCCUUCUCCUUCCUCAUGUCUCUGGGUGACGAUGGCAAUCUUUCUGACGCUGACUCUGCACUCAGCAUUUCUGAAGUCAGCGUGUCUGCAGCUAGCAUCUCGUUCGCAGGGGCGCAUUGGUCCCUUGACCCCAGAGACCUCAGCAACACCCUGGAGAUCUCUGCUACCCCAAACCUCACCCCGGGCCCAUGGCUCGUCCCCAGCCCCUAUAAACUCUCUCAGGUCUUAGAAGGUAACCGGUUGAGCCAGCAUUCAGGAGGCCUUUGGUUCUAAAAAGAUUACUCUCUCUGAACUCUCUCUCUCUCUCAUACAGAAACACACACACACACAUGCAUGUCAUUUGGAGACCAGCACACCACUUUCAUCCCACCAGCUCUCGUCCAUCUUGAAAAGAAAAAAAAAACACCUGCUUUCACAUUUUCAAGACGAGCCGCUUGAAUUGCAACCAGCACCCGUGUCUGCAGUCCAGGCGAACUGAAAGGACCAUCACAUAGAGGCCGGUGACACAAAAGGAGAGAGCAUGCUGCCAUCAUGGGAUGGUUCUGAUUGGUUGCUAAACUGCAAGGCAAAUCCAUAUGCGUGUAUGUAUUCAUAGUGUUGUUCAUAGCAUGUACAAGUUCUUUUUUAUCUUGUCAUUUUGACAUUUUUUUUAUUUUGAUAUUUUUAUUUUCUUAUGAAUGCAUUAAGAUUCUAUUACAGAAAAAUAGAGGAAGAUUUAUUUAAGAUCUGUAUUAGCUGCUUGCUUUUCCGUGACCAGACUGUAACCCUCUCCCCCACCGAGUGUGUCGAUCUAGCUGUCCGUGCUGGGGAAAGGACGGGGAAAGAACUGUUUUAUUAUGAGGCUAGUGAGCCAUCUCAGACUUCUCCAGGUGCCUUCUGCUUCUUUAGCUGGUGUUUACCAAAAAAAAGAAAAAAAAGUAUCUAUUUAAUAAAAUAAAAAAAGAUGAUAUAAACAAAAGAUUAAAUGACGUAGCAAAGUAGAGAGUGUGCAAUUAAGCAUUCUUCUGCCUCUUGAACUAUAAACCUUUGCAAGACUCAGUACACAAGACAGAGGAAAAAAAAAUACUGCACACAUUCUGCAACCGGUCAGCGAGUCAUUACAAGUGCCUCAUGUGAUAUUCCUUUACGUGAAACACUAGACUUCUGUUAAGACGUCUGUGUUGAAUUCAGGAUCCCGGAGUUUUUGUUUCUCAUGUUUCUCAUGUUGUGUUUAGAAUUGCCGUUUCAGAGCCAUUCCAGAUUCCCAGCGCAUUACAAAAUGGCAGAAAAAGAAACAAACCCCAAGGCCAGUUAGAUCCCCUUUGCUCAGCCCUCCUCCAGUCUGCAUCAAGAUUGCUGUUCCCACAUCUAUCAUUCACUCUCUUAGCUUCAUGCGUUCGAUCCCUCGUUUCAGGAGAUAAAAAGGGCAUUUUGAUACUGGUGUCUUCUAUGCAUUUUGUAAGACUUACUGAUCAAAAUUGCGGAGGAGUUUUUUUUCUACCGAGGCCUAGAUUGGGAAUAUUGUGUACUUUUGAAGCACGGGAGGUUUGCUGAGAAAUGACUGGCAUGGAACAGAAGGGAAGACUUUCUGAGGUCAUCUAGUGUCAGACGUACUGCAGCACCAGCUUAUGCAUCUCUCUUUACCUCUGCCUGUCUAAGCAAUAGGAGGCCAUCUCCCUGUUUCCUGUUUCAGUAUACACCACGUAUCUUUACCCUAAAACAAAUUUCACUACACAGCAGUAUUUAAAAACGUUAAUUAAGAACGAAAAAAAGAACAAGUAUUUCUUCUAUAAGAUUUAUAACACUAGUAGAUGCGUAUGCAGGAUAUGUCAUGUUAUUCAUGCUGUAUGUAAUAGCAUGUCACAAGCAUUUAUCGAGUUACAAAGAGUCCAACUGUAUUAUAAGAGUAGAAGCGAAAUGUGACAAGCUCACAAGUUUAUUGACCUUCUGGAGACUUUAACCAGCCUAAGUGUUCACUUUGUAUUCGAUUCCUAAAAGAGCAAAUCUGCAUUGUCGUGUUUGUAUCGAAUUGGGAUGAUGUUUGGUAACCUUUUUCACGUCAGAGAGAGAGACAGUACUGUAGCAGAUACUUCUUGUAAAGCAAGACUAUCGUGCAUAAAGAAAACUCCCAGAAAACUUGUAGGCUUUAUACCAGAACAAUAUUUUAAAGUCUAGUCUGAUUUAUCAGCUACAAACAUAUCAGAAAUACUAUAUGUAGCACAGAAUAUAAUAUUCUUCAAGCUAUGUUUACAGUAACAAAAACAACAGCAUAUUAUUAUUAUUAUUAUUAUUAUUAUUAUUAUUAUUAUUAUUAUUAUUAUUAUACCCUGGCACACAAAAACAGGCAAAAAAGUGCCGACCUCUUCCAUGAUGUAACAUGAUGUUCGAAACAUGAUGAAAAUAAGUUAGAUGCAUGACUGUUAGAUGUACUCUGCGAGCAUCAUCCUAUAGAAAGAUAUGUUUUUAUUGUCCUGACCCCUCUUUUGACACUUUGUCCUAAUGUAACGUGGUGAAAUGUGCAAUGCUUUUUAGUGGCCCUCUAAUCCCCUUGAUAAGAAAUCUCAGCAUGGUCAGACCCUGGUGCUUUUUUUUUUUUGCAACACACAAGUUAACAGGCUCCUUGCUUUAGCUCCCUUCGCUAUCAAAACUAAGGUGAAUAGCCACCCACAGUGCCAAUGUAUAAGUAUGCGGUUCUGAACAGCACGCCCAAUAAUCACCACGUCAAAGGCGUCUCGUCUACCUGUCGAUUAACUUCAGCCAGUAGCAAGUUAGACCAUCAAGUGUAGGUUGAAAAAAAAAACAAAUAAACCAACAAAAAAAAAAACCUGAGGUUGAAUUACAAGAAGGAGCCAUAAUAUGAGCCAAUCAUUAUAUUUAAGAAACGGUGCCAUGUUUUGAUACUAUAACUUCUGAGGUCAAUCUACUCGACUGCGCUAUUGAAAUGCUAAUUAACGAUGUCAUCCUCGUUCUCUUUGCAGAAAGGAAUAAGGCCUUUGUUCUUAUAUGUUUUUGUAAGUGUCGACAGUUGAAAUGUCAAAAUGUGAAAGUUAAGGUUCAGCUUUGAAUUUCAACUUGAAUUUAUUACAUUAGCCUUGUUAAGGAAUCAGCCAUUGUACAGAACAAUUAAGAACAAAACAAAAAAAAGAGAAAACAUUGCUUUUCCCCACUAGACUAUAUAUUCUGUAGACAGUAGUUAGAGAAGUAGCAGGAGCAGCUGGACAGCUAGGAGAAAGAUGACCGAAGGAGAGGGCACAGCCGGCAAAGCAGCACAUUUCUGCAACACCUUUGUUUUUUUACACUUGAAAACCGUUGCAGAAGUGUACAUGCUUUUGUACAUGCUUCAGUGGCAUGAUGCUUGCAGCCGAAUUAGACGUAUACGGCGCCCUGAUGUGCGCAUGACUGCUGCUGCGCCGCUUGACAUGUGUAGCAGGUUUAAAAAAGCUACAAUGAUUAAUGCUUCUGGCUUGAAAUAAGGAUGUAACCACAUUAUCAUGUCUUGUAUGGCAAGAAACAAAUUUGUCAGCGUAAAUGCUUUUGGGGUUACAAACAUAUUACCGCAAAGUAGGGAUGCACCGAGAUUUCCUCCAACACCUGUAAAUAAAUGGUGCUGACUGAAAAACAAAUUUUUUAGACUGAAUACAAAAGACGUAUUGUAGCUAAUGUCGAGAAUCUAAUAAUACAUCACUGACGUAUAUGUAGUGAAUCACUUUGUUCAGUGUUGCCAGAUUAUGCUAGAUCCCACAUUUCUGUUUAAACUCAAAAUCAGUGGGUCCAGUCUGGAAACCAUGCAUCAGUUUUUUUCUGUUGCAUUAUUUGCGUGCACCAUUGCACGCGCACACACGCACACACACAGACACACAACUACAUUUUCUGGCACUACCCAUAAUGCACAUGCCAACGAUAGACAUUUAUUUGUAAUUGCAUGUGUUUUUGCAGUGCUGGAUUUAUUUAUUUUUUAAAUGCUACCUGCUAUGCAAACGAUCAGUGAUGUUACAUCAUCACCAUGUACUGCUUGGGUGAAUUAUCUGAAUUAUUCCAAAGCAUAAAUAAAAAGGGUCAUUAUUUUAAGUAAUUCCUGCAAUGGUUAAGAAAAUAAACACAUUUAAAUAUAUAUAACUUUUUCAGUCCAGUGUGUCCUAAAUUUUGGUCUGAGACAGGAUUUAUUUUCGGUGCAUCACUACCUCUAAGAUGUAAAAGGCUUGAUUAGACUGAAAUACUUGCAUGCUUGAUAUAGCACACUGCUCCUGGUUAUAUCCUAAACCACAGUCAUUACUUUAACCCUAGCCAGAAAUAUACUUAUAAAUAUAUUCCUCUACAACUACUGCCCUCUCCUUUGUUUUCUUUCUUCUGCUUCAGUUAUACAGGAAGAAGAUGUAGGCAGAUUUUUUUCAUUUGAUUUGUUAACCAGGUCUCGGAUUCCCUCCUCCUGACUUGAAGCUGAACAAGUAGCCACUGUUCUCAAGCUGCGCUCGUGCAGCAGGAACUUUGACUAUUACCUGAGGGUGUGUAUAUAGCAGUCUACACGACACUUAAUAGUACAGAUGUACAGGUUUUUAUUCGUUGCUCUUGAUAUGUAUGAAGAUAAUUGUAUUGUUUUUGAAUGCAUCAACAGGGAGUUUUGAAUUAUGAACAAUGAAAUAAUGACAUGCAGUUACCACAAUAAAGUGAUUAAACUGAA